ACGCCUGACGUCAGCGGCCAGCGUACCUGAAGGAAUUCCGCACAGAACAGUGCCCGCUCUUUGUACAACACAAAUGCACUCAGCAUCGGCCCUACACCUGCUUCCACUGGCACUUCGUGAACCAGCGGCGACGCAGGUCCAUCCGCCGUCGGGACGGCACAUUCAACUACAGCCCCGACGUCUACUGCACCAAGUACGACGAGGCCACUGGCCUCUGCCCGGAGGGCGACGAGUGAGUGCCCCCCAGCCUGCCCUCAGAGGAGCCUUGUGUCUCCUGCGUCAGAUGCCCUAAGGCUCAACAGUCUGAGAAGCCAGCCAGAGGCUACGUUUGGGAGGACUGCUGCAGCUGUCCCACCUUCCUGUGGCCUGGACCUGUGCUCAGACCCCUUCAUCCUCUGGGAAAGCCCCUUCCCUUUUCCCCACCUUUGGGACACCUACCACACCUACUUCUAAACCUGAGGGUCACAUCUGAACCAGCGUGGCUCCCUGGGCCUUCUUUCAUCAUCCCCUGCAGGUGCCCAUUCCUGCACAGGACUACAGGGGACACUGAGCGCAGGUACCAUCUGCGCUACUACAAAACUGGAAUCUGCAUUCAUGAGACAGACUCAAAAGGCAACUGCACCAAAAACGGGCUGCACUGUGCUUUUGCCCACGGGCCCCAUGAUCUUCGCUCCCCUGUCUACGACAUCAGGGAGCUCCAGGCCAUGGAGGCCUUGCAGAAUGGCCAGACCACAGUAGAAGGCAGCAUAGAAGGCCAGUCGGCUGGUGCUGCAAGCCAUGCCAUGAUAGAAAAAAUCCUCAGUGAGGAGCCUCGGUGGCAAGAGACCACUUAUGUGCUGGGGAACUACAAGACGGAGCAGUGCAAAAAGCCCCCACGGCUGUGCCGCCAGGGUUACGCCUGUCCCUACUACCACAACAGCAAGGACCGGCGUCGGAGCCCCCGGAAACACAAAUACAGGUCAUCUCCAUGUCCGAACGUAAAACAUGGGGACGAGUGGGGAGACCCUGGCAAGUGUGAGAACGGAGACGCCUGCCAAUACUGCCACACCCGCACAGAACAGCAGUUCCACCCAGAGAUCUAUAAAUCUACCAAGUGCAACGACAUGCAGCAGUCGGGCAGCUGUCCCCGUGGACCUUUCUGCGCCUUCGCCCAUGUAGAACGUAUGCUGUUCCCAUUGCUCUGGGAGCCGUCCCUCACUGAUGACCUGCAACCUUCCUCAUCCGUGUCCAGCCCCACCCAGCCGGGUCCCGUCUUGUAUAUGCCAUCUGCUGCCGGAGACUCGGUGCCCGUGAGCCCCUCCAGCCCGCAUGCCCCUGACCUCAGCGCUCUCCUCUGUAGGAACAGCAGCCUAGGCAGCCCGUCCAACCUCUGCGGUUCCCCCCCAGGCUCCAUUAGGAAACCCCCGAACCUGGAAGGCAUUGUUUUCCCUGGGGAAUCUGGCCUUGCCCCAGGAAGCUAUAAGAAGGCUCCCGGCUUUGAGAGGGAAGACCAGGUGGGAGCUGAGUACCUGAAAAACUUCAAAUGCCAGGCCAAAUUAAAACCCCACUCGUUAGAGGCCAGGAGUCAAGAGCAGCCUCUGCUUCAGCCUAAACAGGACAUGCUGGGCAUCCUCCCUGUGGGCAGCCCCCUGACCUCAAGCAUCUCUUCUAGUAUCACCUCCAGCCUGGCAGCUACUCCCCCUAGCCCCGCGGGUGCCAGCAGUGUUCCUGGCAUGAAUGCAAAUGCUCUGCCCUUCUACCCCACCAGUGACACGGUAGAGUCGGUCAUAGAAUCUGCUCUGGAUGAUCUGGACCUAAACGAGUUUGGGGUGGCCGCCCUGGAGAAGACUUUUGAUAACACCACAGUGCCCCACCCAGGCAGCAUCACAAUCGGAGGCAGUUUGCUGCAGAGCUCUGCUCCUGUGAAUAUCCCUGGCUCCUUGGGCAGCUCGGCCUCCUUCCAUUCAGCAUCCCCAUCUCCUCCUGUCAGCCUCUCCUCACACUUCCUGCAGCAGCCCCAGGGCCACCUGAGCCAGUCAGAAAACACAUUCUUGGGCACCUCAGCAUCACAUGGAUCUUUAGGUCUGAACGGGAUGAACAGCAGCAUCUGGGAACAUUUUGCGUCCGGAAGCUUCUCCCCGGGCACUUCCCCUGCCUUCCUGUCAGGACCAGGGACCGCUGAGCUGGCGCGGCUACGGCAAGAGCUAGACGAAGCCAACGGAACCAUCAAGCAAUGGGAGGAGUCGUGGAAGCAGGCUAAGCAGGCUUGUGAUGCCUGGAAGAAAGAGGCGGAGGAGGCCGGUGAGCGAGCCAGCGCAGCCGGCGCUGAGUGUGAGCUGGCCCGGGAGCAGCGGGAUGCACUGGAGGUGCAGGUGAAGAAGCUCCAGGAGGAGCUGGAGCGGCUGCACUCGGGGCCUGACCCACAGGCCCUGCCUGCCUCCUCUGACCUGGAAGCCCUGUCGCUUUCCACCCUGUACUCCCUCCAGAAGCAGCUGCGGGCCCACCUGGAACAAGUGGAUAAGGCUGUGUUCCACAUGCAGUCGGUGAAAUGCCUUAAGUGUCAGGAGCAGAACCGAGCGGUGCUGCCGUGCCAACAUGCUGUCCUGUGUGAGCUCUGUGCUGAGGGCAGCGAGUGUCCCAUCUGCCAGUCAGGCCGGGCCCACACCCUCCAGUCGUGACCCUACAGGCCUGGCCCUGGCCUGGCUCUUUCUUCUCACCUAGGACUUUUAAAAGUAUAUAUAUAUAUAUAUGUAUGUAUGUAUGUAUGUAUGUAUGUAUAUGUAUAUGAUUAUGUACAUGUAUACAUUUCUGUACGUGUGCAGGUAUGUGUGGGCGGCCAUUGUGUGAACAGUGUCUGUGUGUAUAUCUGUAUAUAGAUAUAGACACACACUUUAAAACAGACUUACCAAGCACUUUUUAAAAGAAAAGAAAGAAAAAAAACUAUUUUGCAGUCCCCCCCUGCCCACUCCUAGUCUUUCCCACUGCAAAGGGGAAAGUCCUUCCUGUUCCCACCAGCCUUUUGGCAGGGAAUUGGUUUCUGUCUUUUUAAUGUAGGAACUAACUAUUUUUAACUUCUUCCUGGGACCUGAGCAGGGAAAGAUAUGGAGCUCAAAGGGGCUGAGAGGAGGGAACAGCUUUUAGGGCAGGUCCUAUUCACUCCACCUCUUAAGCCAGGAUAAGAACCAGGAAUGUGGGGGCCUUGGGCAAGGCCGGCUCCUAGCCACAAGGUCUGAGGGGAUGUGCUGGGCUUUAAAGCUAGCCUAGCUCCUAGGUUUACCAAAUAGUAUAUUUAGUGCAGGGCUGGCAGGCCAAAGCAGCAGAACCAGCCCUAACCCCAGGCCCUUAACGCUUCUUGUGGGGCAAGGUCUGGCGGUUCUGCCCUUCAGGUUCCUGAGGCAUGGGGUCCACCUCAGUCUCUGUCCCUGGACUCCCAGAGUAGUCUCCUCUGGCCCAAGGCUCCUACCUGGCUGGCACGGCCCUCACGCUGUCCGCCCCUCCCUCUGGCAGCUAGCAGAGCAAUUAGUGGGGAGGAGCAGUGGACAUUGAGGACCAAGGUGGGCUCAGGCCCUGCCCUCCUUGCUGGAAGGGGCUCCGUAUGCAUUCCUUGGUGCUCUCUGAGUGCAGCUGACGUCCUGCCCCUAUUGGGAGCAGACGCCCUGUGCAUGUGUGUGCGUGCCUGUCCGAUGUAUAUUGUGUCUUAGCUUCCAUUUUAAAAUUGUUCUGUACAGAGAUGCAGUGGGGGCAGGAGUGGGGGCAGAGUAGGCGAAGGGAAGCCAUCCUGCCCCAGCACUGGGGGUCCAGGAUGGGAGCAAGAGGGCUGCAAAGGGUAUGGCCCCGGCCCAGGCCUCCCUUGGGCCCUUGGGCUCAGCACGAAAGGGCUCUUAAUGAAUUAAGUGAAAACUUUUUUAAAAAAAAAAAUUCAAAAAUCAACAAAGCUCCAAAACCUAUUGGAAAUAAAAUAUGAACUUGCA